UGUCAACUGUCAAAGUAAACGUGGUGUGGUUUAAAUAAUAUAAGAAUAUAAUAUAUAAUAUAAAUUCCAACCUAUUUUUUGUGUAAUAUUGUUCAUCAAUGUUACAAAUAUUUCUAAAUAAAAUAUUAUAUAAGUUAUAAUUAUGUCUCACGACGCCGAUAAUCUAAAUGAAAUUGUGGAAGAAUUUCAACAGUUAACUCACAAACCAGAAAGGUUUUUAAACUCCGAAACUGAUGUGCCAGAAUGUGUAAAAGUUAAUCUUAAAAAAUUUUAUGACUUCUCAAAGUCACAGGAGAAGAAAUUAAAUAAUUCCAAAGGUUUAUCACAAUUACUCAUUAAGGGUUUCGACAUUGAACAAAUAUGGCAAGAAAUUGAACUUCAAAAUAGCAGUGUUUUAUCAAAAUCUCUUAGCAAUCUUCCAAAAUAUAUUAUCAAUAGGGAUAACUUAGUAUUUUCAAAUUUAGUUAAUGAAGAAGUGAGCUAUGAUGAUGAUGAUGAUGGAGAUGAGAUAGACGAUGAUAAAGACCAGUCAAAAACUAAUGUAGAGGAUAAAGAUGACUCAGGAAAUGUAUCAGAUGAUGAUUUUUCAGAAAAAGAGGAUGUGGGUAACGAAGAAGAAAUGGAAGUGGAUGAUAUUGAAAAUGGAAAUAUAUAUACUUCUAGGAAGAAGUCUGUUGUUGAUGAUGAAUUCUUUAAACUAGAUGAAAUGGAAAAUUUUUUGAAUUCAGAAGAAAAAAAAGAUAUUGACAAUUCAAGUAAAAAACCAAAACAAAUUGAAGGAGAUGAAGAAUCAGAUUCAGAUGAUGAAGAUAGCAUCAAUUUAUUUGAAGAAGACGAUUCAGAUGAAGAAAAUGAUAAAACUAGAACUGCAAAAUUUAAGGAUUUCUUUAGACCAAGUAAUCCUGAGGUCCAGAAUAAGCCAAAGAGGAAUAAAUUUCUUGAAACAAUGGAUAAUGAAGAAGAAAAUCAAGAAGUUAAAUCUUCAUUAGAACUAAGGCAAGAAAGACUCCAAGAAAAAAUUGCACAAAUUGAAGAAAAUGCUGUUAGUGAAAAACCUUGGACACUAAAAGGGGAGAUUCUUGCUGAAAAUAGGCCACAAAACUCAUUGUUGGAGGAAAUUGUAGAAUUUGACUUAACUGCUAGACCAGCACCUGUCAUAACUGAAAACACCACAAUGCAGCUAGAAGACAUAAUCAGACAAAGAAUUAAAGACAAGGCUUUUGAUAGUGUAGUGAGGAAAGAAAAACCUGUAGAAACACCUCUAGAAUAUAAGAAGAAACUGUUGUUAGACCAAGAAAAGAGUAAACAUUCAUUAGCACAGAUAUAUGAAAAGGAGUUUCUUGAUCAACAAGCAGCAUUGGAUCCCGCUAAUGCAGAUAAAGAAGAAGAAGAGCCUCGUUUACACAAAGACAUUAAAAUUCUGUUGAGAGAUCUCUUUAAUAAACUAGAUGCACUUUCCAAUUUCCAUUUCACACCAAAACCAGCUCUGCCCGAGAUGAGAGUAGUAAACAAUAUGCCAGCAAUUACUAUGGAAGAAGUUGCUCCUGUAACUGCUACUGAAGCUUCCUUGUUGGCACCAGAAGAAAUUAGAAAUAAAACAAAAGGAGAUAUUUUAGGCGCAUCUGAAAAAACUAAAACAGACAAAAAUCGCGAAAGAAGGAAAAAGAAAUUGAAACAGAAGCAUCAUAUCAAAACUAUUAAUAAAAAUUUGAUAUCUAAAGGCAAGAGCAAAGGCAAGAAGACUGAUUUAAAUGUCCUUAAACAUAGAAAUACACAGAAGAUGGAUGAAAGCAGUACGAAAAGUAUCAAAUCUUCAAAAGCAUUCUUCACACAACUACAAGAACAAGCACAAGCCCAUAUUAAUAAAAAAGUUCAGGGUUCAGGAAAAAAGAAAAACACAAACAAAUUGAAUGCAAGAAAAUUGAAAUUAUAGUUUUUGUUUUUGUUGUUUUAUUUUUUAAAACUAUGUAUAUAAGAUAAGUAAUACAGCCGUUUUGUUUACUAUAUUACUA